GUCAAAACGCCGAAGACAAACUAAACACCACAACAUCGAGUUGGGGGCAUUUUAACCUGUCCUUUCACUAAAGGACUUUAAACAUAUUUUACAGUCGGUUCUGUAAUUUAACUGAUUACGCCGAAUGUUUGUGCAAAUAUGAGCCAACGGCAGGUUUUGCAGGUUUUUGAGUCGUACCAGAAGUCGAGGACACAGUUCGUGCAGACAGUUGCGGAGCUUGCAACAAGACCGCAAAAUAUUGAAACUUUACAAAAUGCGGGUGUAAUGUCCCUUUUGAGGCCUCUUCUGUUGGACGUGGUCCCAACUAUUCAGCAGACAGCAGCACUUGCGCUUGGAAGGCUUGCCAACUACAACGAUGACCUGGCUGAGGCAAUCGUGAAGGGAGACAUUCUCCCACAGCUCGUGUACUCCUUGGCUGAGCAGAAUAGGUUUUACAAGAAGGCGGCUGCUUUCGUACUGCGAGCCGUGGCCAGGCAUUCGCCGGAACUGGCCCAGGCUGUGGUGGAUUGCGGGGCUCUGGAGGCUCUAGUAAUUUCUCUGGAGGAGUUUGACCCCGGGGUUAAAGAGGCUGCAUCAUGGGCGCUUGGCUACAUCGCUCGUCACAAUGGAGAGUUAUCUCAGGCAGUGGUGGAUGCUGGGGCCGUGCCUUUGCUGGUGCUCUGCAUCCAGGAGCCCGAGAUCGCUCUGAAGCGCAUCGCUGCCUCUGCCCUCAGUGACAUCGCCAAGCACUCCCCCGAGCUCGCCCAGACCGUGGUGGACACUGGAGCCAUCGCUCACUUGGCCCAGAUGAUCCUAAACCCUGAUGCCAAACUCAAGAGACAAGUGUUCUCAGCCCUGAGCCAAAUCUCCAAGCACUCAGUGGAUCUGGCCGAGCUGGUGGUGGAGGCUGAGAUCUUCCCCGCUGUGCUGGCCUGCCUCCGGGACCCGGACGAGUAUGUGAGGAAGAACGUCACCACACUGAUGCGCGAGAUCGCCAAGCACACACCCGAGCUGUCCCAGAUGAUCGUGAACUCUGGCGGUGUAGCAGCUGUCAUCGAUUACCUCGGGGACUGCAAGGGGGCCAUGCGUCUGCCCGGCAUUAUGAUGCUGGGAUAUGUGGCAGCACACGCUGAGAACCUUGCCAUGGCUGUCAUCUUGUCCAAGGGGGUGCCCCAGUUGGCCAUCUGCCUGUCCGAGGAGUCGGAGGACCACGUCAGGGCUGCCACGGCCUGGUCUCUGGGGCAGAUCGGCAGGCACACCCCUGAGCAUGCCCGCGCCGUGGCAGGGGUCAACGUGCUACCCAAGCUGCUAGUGCUCUACAUGGACAUGGAGAGCUCAGAGGACCUGCAGGUUAAGGCAAAGAAAGCUCUGAAGAGCAUCCUGCAGAAGUGCACCCAUCUGCCCGCGCUGGAGCCUCUGCUGUACGACGCUCCUAGCAACAUCCUCAAACACGUCGUCUGCCAGUUCAGCAAGGUUCUCCCUCAUGACAGCAAGGCCAGGCGCCUGUUUGUGACCAGCGGGGGGCUGAAGAAAGUGCAGGAGAUCAAAGCAGAUCCAGGCUCCCCUCUGCAGGAGUACAUCAACUCCAUAAACAACUGCUACCCAGAGGAGAUAGUCAGGUACUACUCCCCAGGUUAUUCUGAGACUCUACUGGAGAGGGUUGAAAAGUAUCAGCCAGCGUAAAAUGCUCAGAAGUCAUCAUCUCCAUUACCCAAUAGCGGAUGAAUCUCUAUUUGGAAAAUAGUGCCUUGUGUGAAUUGUGAUAGAAAAUUAAAUGUCAUCCUUUAGUAAUGAAUCGUUGUCUUUUCCCACCUGAUUGUGUAUGAUACGUGCAGUUGUUGUCUUUCCGUAUAUCAUUGUAUACUCCGAAAAGGGUGAACAGAGUCUAUAAAGCAUAUAUUAGCAGCAGUGUUUUUUUUUUUACAGAUAUUGCUAUCCCUUAUUUCAAGAAAAAUUGUCCAACUUGUCAAGCUGUUGAAGACAUUUACUGUGCUAUAUUUUGUGCUUAAUGUAGAUAUGAAGAAUUUUGACUUAAAUAAACCAACUGCAUCUCCAAAA